CCCGAGAUUGUAGAUUGGUGCUGGAGUAGUACCUUCUCGUUCAGCAGAGCUUCGCUCAUCGGGCGAGUGGUUUUCGGGAUCGGCGCCGCGGAUUUGGGAGAGUCGUCGGCCAUGGUGAAUAUGUGUAGCUAGCCAAUUAGUCGAUUGGUCCUAGCUGUCGAUGUGAGGAGGAGAGAUGGCAGGUGGAAGGGUGGUGUUAAUGUUGUCGUGCUGUUCCCUCGGCCAGAUGCGUGAACGGAACUUUGAGGGUGACGCGGGCUUGGCAAUGUGCCAGCCAUCAGCAAAUGCGGCUACCGCAACCCUCCCCAAACUGCUCGCCGUCAACAAGGAAAUCGGCGAUUUGGAUGAGCAAAUUCGCCAGGCCACGCGUAUCAUACGACUGCCAAACGAUUGGCAAACAAUCCAGAGUGAAGUAGAACGCUAUGAGGCUAUCAAACCUAUUGUCCGUGCCCGAGCAGAAUGGGUUCUCCGGUGGAUACUGGACAAACUGAAAAAUCCAGAAGACACAGGCGCGCAAGCACGGGCAAAUCCAAGAUCAUGGAAGCUUGUACAGUGGAUGUUAUAUGUUCUACCCGUAUCACGCUCCGCCACCCAGCUGAGGGAUGCCGACUUUCUCGCUAUUUUAGAGAGAGCUCUGCAAGAGAAUUUCGAGAAAGACUUCACUAUUGAAACUUCCGUAUCCGGCGCUGAAAACGUCCACAAAGAUGUCUCGGAGUCUAGCGAAACCGUACAAGAGGAUCCGAAGCCCUCCCGCAAGCGAAAACGAACGUCUGGGACAAAUACGCCUUCGAAGAGAGUGUCAGUGGACGUCCUGGGGCUCGAGCAGCUCUUCGUUGCGAUUGUUACGGUGGUGAAAGGUAUUGCUGGAAAAGUUAGUUCGUCUGGGCCUGGUGAAGAAACUGUCUCCUCCGAGUAUAUGAAGGUAGCGCUGAGGACCGAGAGCGCACAAGCCGCCCGGAUUCUGAAAUUCUGGCUCAUGGCCGUCCAGAAAUUCUUGACUGUUUCUUCGGCAUCGACAUUUUCCGGUCUGGAUGUUCUCGACGAUCGCCUGAGCUUGUCUUUCGCCAUCCAGAUUUGGGAACUUCGUAGCGUCGAAGCCACCGGCGGCUCAGGAACAUCCGCCGACCAAUUUUCAGCAGAAUGUUUGAUCCCAACUCUGGAACUUUAUGAUACAGUUCAAAAAGCGAACAAUUCGACCAAUUCAGCGCAGAAUUCACCCACAGCACCAGCUAAUGCGGCUCAAAGCCUGGAGAAGGUCCUCGUUAGGUAUUUGUUUGGCCCAGCACGUGCAUCAUUUUACGCUUCUGCUUCUUCAAAGGCAUCUAAAAGUAUGGAUCUGAAGACACUGGCAGCGAAAGCGCUAGCUAGCAAUCUCGAGCCCCUUCGCGCCAGGAUCCAACAAGCUGCAGAAAUCCUCGACUCGUCCGAGCCAAUACCUGAUACGUUCUUGCCGUUCUUUCGCGCAAUACCGCAACUUCUUGACCUAGCAAUCAAAUUUUCUCCGAUACGGUCACCGAAGAGCAAGAUUGUUGAGAGGCCCUGGAUCCAGGCUGCUUUUGUAGCGCUGGCGGAAUGCGCUGGAUGUUCUCUCGAAGCGCCGAAGUUUAUGGCCCCGGUACCCUCGGUGGAAGCGCUUGAGAAAUCACUUGGCGUCCUUACGGCUCAUAACAUGAACGUUGAUACGAAGAUCCUAGAAGACCUUUUUUGGUUUCAUUCAGGGUUUACGUUCCCUCUCAAGCAGAAAAGGACGGUCUGUUGGCCGCUCAUUGCUGCCUUGAUCAAAUUGGAUCCAGACAUUUUCCUUCCGAAACCGAGAUCUACACCUUCGGACUCUAGUGGUCGGCCAGUGGAUCUAUCAGGAUUCUUGUUUGACAAAAUAUCAAUGUGGGCUACGGAAAUUCAAUCUACAGGAAAUACAGAUGUGAAAUGCAACAAAGGAAGUGGCCAUGUUUCUUGUUCUCGAGACUUUGACCAACCGGAACAAGUGGUGCAUUCGAUAAUUGUACCACUCAUGUCGGCGUAUGCGCGGAACCGGGACCUUCUCGGUUUCAUCUCGAGAUGGGAUUCACAACUUAUUGAAAAUAUGUUUAGCUCGCGGACUUUCGAAGAACUAGAAGCGAGCAUAACGUCUUCGAUAUGGGAGGAUCGCAGCUUGAACCUUGCAUUGGUUUCAUUGUUCGAGAAAUCCUUGACGCAAUCGCAGGUCUUGAGCCUUUUUGAACAGCAUCAGGGUCGUGUCAAGGGGCUCGGGAAGACGUUGCGGUCAAAUUCCGAUAAAGAUCCCCAGAAACGCAUGGAUUCCAUUCGGAAAGGGUACAGUAGCUCUGUUAUCCUAAACGCAUUUCUGGACUCUCUUUAUUCCGAUGAAGCAAUUGAGGCACUCAAACCGCAGCUUUGGUCAUUAUUCAACUCCUACACCUCCCUUAUCCGCAAUGAUUCCUAUCGCUCUAGUUCGGAUCCGACCCUAGCCUGGACAUUGUUAUGUAAACUUUGGACGAUUCUCUGGCCCAUCGAGCUUCAUGGAUCCUCGGAUCUUCAGAAGAAAUAUGUCGAUUCCUUGAUUAGUCGGGCCUGCCAGGAUGCAGAAGCUAAAGACCACCACCGCAACACCAAUUCACCCUCAAGAGUAGCUUCCUUGACAUUUCUACUAACUGCUUUCGAUUGCUUGAUAAGCGUUCCUGGUUGGCAGGACCUUGCUCAUGAGAAAUUACAAGUGGUCCUCGGCUUUCUGUCAACGAACACCCUUGACCUCAGUGACUUCGAGCAGGUCAUGGAACUCCUAUGCGCCCGGUUCUCCCAUCUUCUCGACCACAUUGAGCCCCAAGCUCGCGAUAGAGUAUUCACUACUCUAUUUUCGAACAUAUCCGAAAUUACCAAACAUGAUGUUAGGGAUCAGCUCCUAGCCUCCGUAUCCCAGUCACUUCUUUCGAUCGCUAGCCCAGGUACUAUCGAUGUAUAUUUAGAGAUAGUUUCUAAAGCGUUAGAUGGUAUUGAAGCAAACAACAAAUUUGUUUCAAUUGCUGAAGAGCUGCUUUUACAGGUGGUUCCCGCCGCCUCAUCCCGAACCCAGAGAGAAGCGUUGGUGGACAAGAUGACAGAUAUUCUAAUCACACGCCCUCGGAAUGUUCCGGUUUCACUGUCUGUCAUGGCCCAUCUCAUGGAGCUUCCAAACUCGACAGCAAAAAUCUGCAGCAGUGGCAGUGCUCUCUUCGACCUCGCUCAGAGCUUGCACGAUAAUAAGUUGGAAUCUGCUCUAAAUGUGGACCUCUUCCAGGAACUAGUUCAACUUACCCUCGAUCAUAUACUGAAGAACAAGGACCAACCCCAAAAUGCCAAAUACCUUGAGAAAUUCAAAUCAAAGCUCACAUCUGCAACCAAAAAGGCCAGCAGAUGCUAUCCCGCUCGACUUGCCAUUCUCAAGGCUGCCUUUGCUGCCCAGAAAGAUGCUAUGAUAAUUACUAUCGAGAGGUAUCUACUAAUUUUAGGGGCGUGCCUUAAUGACACGUCUGCCCCCGUCGACCACCUCUUAGACGCCUUCAACGAGAUACCCUCGGAGAUACUACGAGAUAACGACGGGGUGCUGACAUCAGCGCAAUCGAUCUUGCUCAAGCGCAUCCCCCUAAAAGUCUAUCAAGACUAUAUGGUGGAUGGAAUAGGAAACUGUUCAGUGUCUAUUUUCUCUCCUCAGACCUGGGUUCUACUUCACAGGUCUGCAGCACGGUUCCAGCUGUAUGGGAAGCCGGCUCUAUUCCUCAACCUAUCUAUAAGAUUGCUACGUGAAGAGUUGUCCGCUCAGGAGCAAAGGGUCAUAUUCAGCUCUGUGAAGGACUGGCUGUCGACGCUCACUAUGAUCGAUAAACUAAAACUUGUGGGGAUUCUGACCGGCAGUGCCGAGGAUCAAGAUCGGGUGCCCUCGUUCCGCAUCCUACAUAUUCUCAUUUCCGCGUUAGACGAUGCCCACGUCGAGGACACAGAGCAGAGGCAACAGCAGCUCCUAAUAUUGCCUAGUCUUUGUCAGCAUCUCUCCACAAGUCCAGAUCCGGCCAUCUUCAACGCACUACUCGAUAGCAUCGACACUAUCCUUCGCGGAAAGACAUGCCUCCUAUCUCAACAUAACAUCGAAAGUGUGCUCACGGUUAUUGUCGUACUCUCCUCGCGCAUCAGUCCCACUCUUCCCUCCAAACACGCCCCCGCGAUAUACGCCCGACUUUGCGAGACAAGCCGACUAAUCCUCCUCCUCCACCGCAGUCGGCUAGGGGGCCGCUUCCACCUCCUACUCCAGCUCCUCCAAAAUCUCCUCUUCUGCCUCUUCAUACCCAAUGCCAACCGAGGUACCCCACGCCCACCUUGGCUCACCCCAACCUCCACGAACCUCUCCCCAGUAAACUCAUCUCAAUACUCCCGCCUCCUCUCAUGCCUCUGUUCACCCACCACCUCAUCCGUCUCCAAACACUCAUGGACAGCCAGCGCCAGCCACUCCCAACCCAGUCUUAACGACCCCGUCAAAGCGGCUAGGGAAUAUGCAUCCCAUCACCUGUAUCCGCUUCUGGCCGCCUUUUGUAGGUUUCAGUUGAACGGGAGAUUGGAGCCAGCGGUUAGGGAGAGGCUGUUACCAGGGAUUUGGGAUGCAGUGAGUGUGGCGGGUUUGGAUCGUGAGGCGUUGGAGGGGAUGAAUGCUGGCCUGGACAGCGCGACUAGGGCGGUUUGGAAAGGGGUUUGGGGGGAAUGGAGGAGGCGGAUUGGGGGGAUGGGAGAGGGAUAG